GUCAGACAUCCACCAAAGGGAUAAAGAUUUUGCAGCCUGAGAUUCCUUGCAAACUGAUCAGCUCAGUGUUGAUCAAACUUCAGUCGGCUUAAGGGCCUUGAAAGCUGUUCAUCCUUAUAAUCAGUGGGGAAAUUAGGAUGCUCAAAAGCCUAAUGAUCCUGAAUAAUAAAGCUGAUUUACAUAUUUCAGUCUUCAAAUCAUAAAAAGGCAGGGAUAGAUGACAAAAACACAGGGCAUGUGCAGCAGCUACAGAGAGGUUUUUCAGCUUCAUUCAGUGCUUCUGCCUGGAGACUGCAUUCAACAUUGUAAAUACUCCAGUCUAAAGCAGAACAGGAUGUUAAUAAACAAAGUCACACAAUCUGUUGCAUAAUCAGCAUGCAAGGACAGUUUGGAAGCAACUUAGUUGAGUUCAUGAACCGUUUCUACUUCAGGUUUUGCUCUGGUGUCUGCAGUGCUGUACAGAAAGAGUUUUAAAGAGCCUACACACCCCUCUCAGAAUGCCAUUCACUCAGUGGUGUUUGAGGCGAUCAAAAUAGGCAAAGGGCAGGUGUCGUUUUCAGCCCCGGCGUUUCUCUGCACUAAAAUUUACCUCUGACCUUUUCUAUCAGAGUCACAGGGGAGCCGAGCGAUUUCAAAGGAGCCCGAUUGAAGAUUGGCUCGUCUCCCUUGUGUAAUUAGAAGGCUGGCACACAGACCACUUUGCUUCCCUCGGUACUCCAUUAAAGUCACCUAAUCCCCUAUUUUAUUGCAACAUCAACAUGAAAGUGUGUGCUGAAUCUCACAAUGCGCAGCGACGGAGACAGAGGACAGUAGCAAAGGUCCCCAGGCUUGUUAGGGCCUAUAAAAGGAGUACACGGUGUAUAAACCAGUGUGGUUGUCAUGUAGGGUCUUUGCUGCUGCAGCUGUUUGGAAGCAGGGAGAGGCCAGAUGGGCUGUUAGGGAUGGAUGAGUCAUUGAUUGAAAAGAAGAAGUUCGCAGAGCAGAAACUGCAUCAGAACACCCACCAUAACAGCAAUUACAGAUUGAUUAGGUCCUUUGAAGUUGACUGAUAAUUGGAUUUUUAACGUAUUAACAGGGCGGCCAGUGAGAGGAAAGGUUAUUAUGGAAUGGAACAAGUCUAGACACCAGAUUAUAUUUCUGUGCUGAUGAUAAUUACUCAUAGUUCAGUUUGUGUUUUUAAGCAAGCCAGUGCAGCCUGUUAGGUUUGAAUCUAGGUAACAGUAAAUAUUACACAGUAAAGCCCUGUAGCUAGUAGUGAAUGUACUGACACACAACAGCGAUGCUCUUUUAUUCCAGUGUCGUCUGCCUUGAUGACCUCAGUUUUGCUUUGAUAUUAGUCUUUUUUUCACCUAUUCAUCACUGUGGCCUCGGCCAAACAGGGCCACGUCUCCAGAUCCAGCUUGAGCAGAGCUUGCAGAAUAAGUUUUAUUAACUGCAGUUAAAUAAUUUGUUGAAUUUGUACAGCACAAGCCUUACAGCACUAACCCACCUGCCCAUACAACCACACUGACCCCUGUCAUUUCUACUGUCAGGCUCAGUUCAAGGUUGGGAACAUGCGCAUGCUUGAAUAUCUAAGGUCAGACAAACCUGACACCUCAGUUGUAACAUGUAAAGCCAUUGAUGAAGAGCCUAGGUGUGGGUGAUUUUUCCAGAAAUUACAAAAGAAUUAAGUAACUUCUGCAUUUAUUGUUUAGGAUGCCUUCCUUGCCAUUAAGAAGUUUGAAAGCAACAAUAAAAUAGUCACCUGAGUAUGGAGCCAAUCAAAUGAUGGUUUUGUGUCACCGGACCUAUAAAAUGCACAAAUCGGAGCCAAAUCUGCAUCAUAUUUCAUUUCUAGAACUAGAAUAAAAGUGCGUAACGAGUAGAAACUGCUUGCAUUGCUCUUGUCACAUGCUGAUCACACUUCUUGACCUUUACUUCAUUUGGCAUCCUUUGCUGGUCUCUUAGCAAUGUUACAUCCCCCCUCUUUCAACAGAGGUGCCUUCUUCCAGCAAACAUUUCUCCUUUAUGAUUGUGAGCAACUAUCAUUGGUGUCAGGAGAGCAUAAACUGUGCUACUGGGUACAAAACAGACGAAAUAUAUUCAUUCUGUUUAGCUCCAUUACUCGUUUAGUCAUUACUGUCACCACAGUUACAUUUAAUACAUCAGUUUUAGUAUGGUGUCUAUUGACAUGCAUUGUGUUUGCACUUACCCUUAGUCACUCAGUAAUUUUUGCCACCAUCUAGUUUAACAGAGGUUUCUGGCCUUUAAAGCUCUCUGCUCAGCUGAUGCAGGAGCUUAGAAACAGAAAUGUAUAAAAUAGGCGAUAUAGUACAAAGAGACACCCAAGUAUAUUCAAUAAAAAUGGCUAAUUCAGCAUGUUAGCACUGCGCUGUGUCAGCAGUUACUAAGUCUAAUUUUCCAAAACAGGUGUUAAUGAUGGAGUUGAUGACCGCCGUCUUCGUCUUGCAUUCUCUACACAUAAACCUGGUGAAAAUGAAAAUGCAUGAAUGACCAUUUCGAUUCAGAGGAUGAACUGGAAAAAGAAGAAGCAGAAGAAGAAGGGACCUCCAAGCCACAACUAGUCCAGCCUACAGUCACCUGCCCGGUCAUCAUGCAGCCAGAAAUCGAUGUAGAGAUAGCAGUUCACCCAUCUGGUCCCUCUGUCCCACCCAACCAAGAGCUUCCAUCUGCUGAUGGCACAUUGUCCGCUCACACUGUAUUCCCAGGUGAACAAUUCCCUUGUACGUCUUCCGAAACCACACUUCAAACUAAUUCAUCCUUUGUACUCUGUGCCAGUGAAUCAGUUCAGCCAAAUAAGUCACAGCCUUUACCAAGACACCACUGUGAAUUAGGCAACCAAACGUCAGAGCAGCCCAUAGCCUGUAGUCCCUCUGCACUGCUGCUGUCCCGACAACAAGCGUCCAAACUGAGAUCAGACAACUCCCAGGCCGACGGGGAGGAAAUCCCUCCUUCAGAGGCCUCUUGCAUGUGUGUUUCUACCGCAGAAACGAAUCUGUGGUCGACAACAGGAGAGGAUGGAUCGACCAAAGAGCCAGACAGUCGUCCUUGCCUUGAAGCGCUUGCUGAGUGUGUCUCUUCUCCCAGUGUGACUCAGGGCUUUGAGCGAGACAUUGCAGUGGGACUCAGUGAACUUGUUGAAGGUUUAUCAGAAAGUUCCAGCAGGUCUGCAGCUCAUCACGAAGGCAGUAUGUCUGCACUUUUGUCUCCCGUGGCAGAGACUCGGGCAUAUCUGGGAGCAGAGGGUGAAGCUCCACCAUCACCUCAGCUCACCUCAGUGAAUACAGGCGUUACUGAGGUGAACCAAAACGAAGCUCUUCAGUCUGUCUCAGCUGAGGAAGAGAAGGAAGAUGCUCCCUACAUUUCCCCACACACAUUAUUAGAGGGUGCACCAGGCACGUUGUCAGAGGUUUCUGCUCCCCAGUCUGCGCAUGACGUAAACAGAAGUCUGAUGCCAUCCAUCAUCUUUCUGAGUGGACUUGUCUCCCUCUCCAUAGUGUUGCAGGAACCCAGCACCCUCUUCUUCAUUGGACUGCUCUUGGUAUUGUACCGUUUGUGAGGUUUGUUCUGAUCUUUUCUCAAGUGAAGUGCCUUUUCAUGAUUCCAAAAUAAGCCAUCAAGUUAAACAACACACGAUUCUCCUGUUGAAGUUGUUGAAGUUUUGUGGUUAUUUUAUGCAAUGUCUAAUGCAAGUAGAAAAUAAGUGUUACAUAAAAGAAUAGAAAUCACUUCAUUUCUCGAAAUCACUCAAAUAUCAAAGCACAACCUACUAUCAGAGAUGUUUUGUAAGUGGUCUAUGAUUACCUUUAUCUUGUCAUGUGGCGAAAGUGUAUGUGGUGUUAUAUUUGGAUUUAUUCAGUCAGUGCUACAAUGCACUUUUUCGCUUGCUGUUGUCAAUGUAGCUACGGCUGUUGUCGCAGCACACUGCCAUGAGUGUCACUUGUGUAUUCCAUGUUAUUUUUAAAGGAGGACACAAACAUUACCACUUGAUAUACAAAAUGGAAUUUAGUUUUGUUUGGUUACGUGAAGAUGUUUGCCUUAAUAUUUCGUAAACAAGGAUUAUAAUGGGUGCUGCUUGAAGGACAAAACAAGUGGGAAGCUGUCCAGUGGGGCAUGCAAAAAUGAUAGUAAAAAUCAAAGAACACCAGUUACCCCACUACUGCACCUUUCCCCGAUAGGUCUUCCUGUUGAUUCUUGCCGGUAAACCCAUCUUGUUAUUGUUGCACACGACAAAACUUUAUAACACUAUUUUGACAACCUCACAGACAGACUGAAGCACUGAAUUACAUGUUUGAAGUGGUGACAGGUUUUGUAGUGUAUUGCCAUUAAACAUGGUCUCAUACCCUGUA